AUGCUUCUGAAGGAGCUCAGGCUCCGCCAUUUCCGCAACUUCGAGACAGAAGUUGUCAUACCCCUCAGCAAAACAGCGAACGUCAUCUUGGGCUCCAACGGAUCAGGCAAAUCCAACAUUGUCCUAGGUCUCGCCUUCGUUCUGCAUUGCGAUAAUUCUUUUGUUGGCAUCGAUGACGACUUCGAUUACAUUAAUCAAGCACAGAUAGGAGAAGAGCCCGAUGCGGCAUCGUGCUCUGUGGAACUCUCGGUCGAACUCCAAGAUGGCCCGGAGUACUUCCUGCAUAAAAGUUUAAGCGUGAACUCGGGGUUCAGCUUCCAAAUAAAUCGCAAGCAAGUGGUUGAAGACGAAUACGUGAGCCUCCUGAGACAGUGGGGUUUCCAGGCUAGACUGCAGAUAAUUCCCCAAGACAUGAUUGUGAAAGUCGGCGCAUGCACGAAUUAUGCAAAGUUGUUCGCAUCGUUCUGUGACUACCGUACUGGCGAAGACUUCAGUGCCGAUGAGGAGCGAGAGCUCAAGGCCUCGCGAGUCAGAGCUUCCCGGCUCAAGCAACGGAUAGCUACGUAUCAAAAGAUGAUUAACCAAAUCGAUUGUCUCAAGCAACCCGGAGGAGGCGACGACGUUAAUUUAGAGGCGAAGCUGCAGGAGCGCGAGCGCGCGUUGAUUCUCGCCGAGCUCUGGAUGAUAGACGAGAGGAUAAAAGACCAUCGCUCGAAGCUGGAGAGAAUUCAAAGCGUCGAUAUGGAUUCGAUCAGAGCGAACGUGGAAGCUGAAGUCGUGAUUAUACAGAGCGAGAGACAGAUUGCAGAAAUCAAGAGCAAACUCGAUGGUCUACGCGAAGACGAAUUCAGAGGCAAAUCACUCGAAGAAGAAGUCGAAUCUCAAGGGAGAGUCUUGCGGAGAUUGGCAACAUCCAAGACGAGGCUUCAAGAACUCAUCGACGCGGUUAGAGAAUCCGUCAGUCGAUCGACAACUCCACGAACGGAAAUGAUCGACACUCUUCUGACCGAAUUAGCACAAUUAGGAGUUCUCAAUGCGCUCGGCGCGAUUCUCCAAAACAAGAUGAAGGAGUUCGACGGGCAGUUCAAAGUCGAGCAUGAGGAAAAGGCUGAGGAGCUAGAAAGCAUCGAGAACGAACUGCGGAAAGCCUUCAACUCGCGUCAGGCAUUGCAGCGUUCUUUGAAUAUAGAGAGACGUCGACUGCACCAAAGAGCUGCACAGAAGACCGCUGUGGAAGAACACGUGGGAACCCUGAAGAAAGGCAGAGCCUGGCUUGAAAGCAAACUCGAAGUACAGAUGUCAUUCCGGAAGAAACAUGAGGAAACACUGCGGAUACUGGAGUCUCUAACGAAAGAGAAACGCGGCCGCUUGGCGGGUCUCCGAGAUAGACGCAGGCUCAUGAUCGGCAGAACUUUCUCACCGCAUUCAAGACAAUUCAGAGUUCGCUGCUUGAUGCAUGGCAUGCUCGAGUAUUUCUCUGAAGAAUUACCGUCCGGCACUGUCUACGGACUUCUCCGGGAUAUGGUCAAGCCCAAGGACAGGCUUCACUCGGCAGCCUUCCACAGAGUUCUCGAAGCACGCCUCGACGAUAUUGUAGUGGAAAACCAGCAAGCCGCACAAUUUGUAAAAACCUUCCUGAGAGGGGACGAGCAAUUCGAAACUCCUGGAACUUGUGUCAUCUCUCUGCUACCGGAUCGCGCCUCGAAGCGGAAUUCGAGAAAACACCCAUCUUGCAAAAAAGCAGGUGUGGAAGCUUUCGCGAAUACUUUGGUGGUUUGUCCAAAGUAUCAGCGGGACAAGCGUUUGUCCGCUCAGAUCACACGAUGGAUUCGAGAUAUCUGCAAGAACAUAUUCUUCUGUCACCGUGAGGACUUGGCGAAAGACAUCUGUCAGGCAGCUUCCGAGAAAACUGGCGAUAGUAGUCAGAUUCUGACGGCUGUCACUGCCGACGGAACGAUUUGCUCGAGCGCCGGAACUUUGUCAUGCUCCUCAGCGCACGACGAGCGUGCGAUCUCCGCUUCCGAUGGCUUGGCUGGCAUGAAGGACAUAUUACGAGAAAUACGCGCCUUGGAAAAGUCUCUGCGGUGGAACUCGGGGGCUGUUCGCCUUCUCGUCGGGACACUUCAACACAGGAUUGAGGUUUCCCUCAGAAAGACCACCGCUCAUCUUGAGCUGAUCGAUCAGCAAUUAGAGGAUGCCGCGAAGGAAUUAUCUAGACUGCAAGACGACGAACAGACGUGCAUCGCAUCCUGUCGCUUGCUCGAGAAGGAACUCAAGGGAAGCGCUUCGAACCAGGACAUCUCGAUCCUCCGAGCGAAACGUCUGGAAAUAAAUUUGAUGAAGCUGCUUUACAUAAGCGACUUCAUCACCGACAGAAAUCUUCGCCACGAAGAUAUCUCGGCUGCCUUGGAGCGAGAUCAGAUGGAGAACAUCUUCGAUGAAGACUGUCUGCUGAAGAAAGUGAAUGAAUUAUACGACGAGGAAAUGAAGGAACGAUGGCAAACGCUGUGGAAAGAUACGAUCUCCAAAUCCGGUAGAAUUCGCAUGGAAGAAUAUCUCGAAGAAGAAAAGCGAGCUCAACGUUCUAACGAGAGGGCGAAACAGAAGUUGACCGAAUACAGUGAUGCUCUCCAGGACAAACUCAACGAGAAAGCUCACUUGAUUAAAAUCUACGACAGCCACAAAGCCCGCCUCUUCGAAUUACUGAGUGCAGUCAGGAAACACUCAGAAGAGGCGAGAACGAUAUCAGUGAAACGGAAACGCCAAAUAUUGAGCAUCAAGAAACUGCAAGCCAAGAGAAAAAGAUUACUGUGCAGAUUGAAUUAUCCCGAGCCCGACAACGCCCCAACGCCCCACGGUGACGUCGAAGAGUUAGACCUGAACUCGGGAAUCGACUCCGAUAAUCCCUUCGACGCCGGACCCAUUAUCGACUAUUCCCAGCUUCCUCAGAGAUCGAGAUCGUCAGAGACAGACCUCCGGAAUUUCAUGAGAAACAUUCGACUUGAAAUGGCGAGCUUCCGCUCGCGGAAAUUCGAUCGAGUUUUGCGGAACGUCGCCACAGAUCUUCCUGCCGUCAGGUCGCCCGAAAAGAAGUUGAAGGAGAAAACGGAAAUUUUGAAACAAUGCGUACGAAGCCUCAGAGAGGUGACAGCCCGAGUUUCCGCAGCCGAAGCAAAAAAAUCCGAAUCGAUCAAGAGACGCGAAGACUAUCUGCAGCAUUUCUUCACGGAAAUGCAGAGCAGGGCUCCAGUUAACUUCAGUCGGCUGACGGACCAUGCGGCACGUCUCGUGAUUGAGGUGCGAGUGCCUGCCGGAUCGACCUACAGCAACAGCACAGUGACUGUCUCCUGUGAAUUCCCCGGAUCGACGUCUAUAGACCCCGUGCUCCUCUCUGGAGGCGAGAAAGUCCUCCACUCGCUGUCGAUCGUUCUAACAGCCCAAGAGAUCCUUGGGAUCCCUCUCUUGAUUUCGGAUGAGAUCGAUGCGAAACUCAGUCCGGAAAUGUCUACCAGACUCGGCCAAAUUUUGCGUGAAUACUGUACCAACAAUAAGCAAGUCAUCUGUGUUAGUCACAGGACUCCGACGAUGAUCGCUAUGGAUGCUAAAUAUAUCGCAGCGAUCCGGUCUCCGCUGUCUGGAGCGUCGGAAGUGCUGACUUUCGACCGUGAUUCCAAGUUCACCGAGGACGAUCUCGUUUUCAACAGCACCCUCGGACCCGAUGUGAUCAAUUACAUUUUGGAUGGGAGUUCCGAAGCGCCCGAAGUUCGCACUGAUCCAGAUGAGUCUAUGUCGACAAUGGCCCCUACCGGAGACGAUGAAUUUGGAGAAAUGUCACGAUUGUCUUCCGUCUGAGAAUUCUUCCCUCACAAUGUUCCCAAACGCGACACCUGCUGCAAUGCAUUGUCAACGUGCUAGCAGAUUUAAGACGCGAGAGUUCAUAAAUUAAUUACCCUUCAUCGGAAUGGCUCCCCGCCGUCAUCUUGAAUGUCUUUUAAGCAGAUAAGUAUGUAUAACGCGUGAACAAAUCACGCCGAUGUAGAAUCAGAGCUUGAUCGAUUGUCAUGGAAGAUUGAGUGCUACUGGAAGCUUAACCCGAAUAAAUUGGAUAUGCCAAGCGGAAAGGCCGCAUC